GAGCUCCCCGACUGCCAGGCAGUGAUCGAUCUCUGGGUGGGGUGGGGAUAUACGAUGCUGGACUGCGCUCGGGUGUAUGGGCAUGGUACGUCAGAGGAGUACCUAGGUCAACUAGACCUAAAGGGUUGCGGGGUGGAUACCAAGGCCGGUUUCACCAUUGGCCAACCGGGCCACCAUUCUGCGUCUGCGAUACGCCAGUCCGUUGAGGUGUCACUGAAGGCACUGAAUGGACAUAAGAUACGCGUGCUCUACUUGCAUCUGCCAGACAGGGGCACGCCAUUCGAAGAGACGCUCAGAAAAGUGGACAAGCUGAAGAAGGAGGGGCUGAUUGAAGAGUUCGGUCUGAGCAACCACUUGUCGUGGGAAGUCGCGGAAUAUGUAACGUAUGCAAAGGCAAACGGAUUGAUCCAGCCUACGGUGUACCAGGGUUGCUAUAACGCGGUGGAAAGGACGAUCGAAUACGAGCUGAUUCCGUGUCUCCGCAAACCUGGUAUCCGUUUCUAUGCCUACAGCCCUCUUGCGAGCGGUUUAUUAGCCGGCAAGAUCCUUUCAGUUGAUGAUUGGACGAAUGCUGCUGGCUCGCGUUGGGACACUAAGCAGACCGGCUGGCUAGCGGAGAUGCUGAAGACGCGGUAUGCGCCGCUUUUGCCCCUUCUCAAGCCCUUGAAAGAGACGUUGGAGAAAUACAACAUCCGAUUGUCGGAAGCAGCGCAACGGUGGUUGCAACAUCACAGCGCGUUGACACCGAAUGACGGGGUUAUCCUUGGGGCUGGAUCACUUGAACAAUUGGAGAUGAACAUUAAUGACGCACUCACUGAGAUUAUAUCAACAGGGGAAGGCGGUCCGUUACCAGGUGAGGUGGUUAGCUUGCUGGAUGAGGCUUGGUUGAAAUCCAAAGUUCACGGCGUCUACUACGCUCAUUAG